UCCAUGUUAGUUCAUUUCCUGUGAUUUCCUUGGAUUUCCUGUCUCUUCCUGUGCGCUUGAACCACGUGCUUCACCGGCAACAAAAUAUUUUAUUUUUUUAUCGAAAUUUCUUUGUUAAUCGAGUGCUCUUGAAUAUAAAUGUUCUUGGUCGAUUGUCAUAGUUACUAAAUAAUAAAAAGCAUAAUGGUAUUGCUGUGCUGACUGCUGCGAAUUGUUGCAUGGUCGUGAUCUCAAACUGAGAGAAAAAAAGAUAUGCGCCAAGUGCACGAAAUAGAUAGUUAUAAAAAUAUAACAAAUAAGGAAAAAAUACAGAAAAUGAAACGAAAGGAUUCAGAUUCACAAGUUGUAUAUAAGCAGAAACAUGUGAGUUCCGAGAUUGAGACAACAGAAUUGGAUCUAAAGGAGCUGUCAAAAAAGCAAAUUUUACAAUGUAUUUCCGCGAUUUUCCACUUAACGCAAGAACAAUUAAAAGAAACUAGCAGCCUUCUCGCUGAAGAAGCUCAGCCGAUAUUUAUGCAAGUGACUAGCAUCAGAGUCCCAGAGAUGCCUCGCAAACAAAUGAGGAUAUUGUUACCAUACUCAAUAGUAGCUCCAGAUGAUGAAGUAGCUUUGUUUGUUUGCGAUUUGCAAAAAGGAAGGAGAAAGGAUUACGAACCAACAGUGGAACAUUAUAGAAAUCUAUUGAACAAACAUGGGUGCACUCGUGUGAAUGAGAUAAUACCUAUAAAUCGCAUGAAAACUGAAUUUGACCAAUAUGAACUGAAGAAGAAGCUUCUAGGCAGUUACGAUCAUUUUCUUGUCGAUGGUCGCAUCGCCGGUCAUCUGUCUCAUUUGUUGGGAAAGCAUUUUUUCAAGAAAAGAAAGCUACCGACUUCGAUUAGAAUGGAAAGUAAAGACUUGAAGCAUGAGAUUGAUUAUGCAUUGAGAAAAACUAGUAUGCAGCUUCAUUCUCAUGGUGAUACUCACUUGAUGCAAAUAGGGAAUACAGCCAUGGACCAGAAAAAAGUUUUGAAAAAUAUACUGGUUGCCUGUAAAAAAUUGGCCAAACAAUAUCCUGGUGGUUGGACAAACAUACGAGCUCUCCGACUGAAAGGAACAACCACCUUAUCAUUGCCUUUUUAUAUGACAUUAAAAAAUAAAAAUACAGUUGAUUCAAGUAUGAUUGCAAUACAGCCAAAGAGACCAAAAGCUUAUCGUGAUGUGGAAGGAGAGCUUUCGACAUUCGUACGUAAUGUCACAGUCACGGUUAAACCUGAAGGCACAGUUAUUGUUAAGAAACAUAAAAAGAAACAAUCGAGUAAAAAAAUCGUAAAGAAUGAAAAGAAUUGAGACAAUAUUAUAUUAUUGUGUAAUUUAAAAUCUUUGUAAAGAGAAAGAAUUCCAAAAAUUCUAAAAUAUACAAUUCCUAAA